AUGGUCAACGUCCCAAAGACCAGACGCACUUACUGCAAAGGCAAGGAUUGCCGCAAGCACACCCAACACAAGGUCACCCAAUACAAGGCCGGAAAGGCUUCGUUGUUCGCUCAGGGAAAGCGUCGUUAUGACCGAAAGCAAUCUGGUUAUGGUGGUCAGACAAAACCCGUUUUCCACAAGAAGGCAAAGACCACAAAGAAGGUUGUGUUGAGAUUGGAGUGCACAUCCUGCAAGACGAAGGCACAGUUGGCAUUGAAGCGUUGCAAGCACUUCGAGCUUGGUGGUGACAAGAAGACCAAGGGUGCUGCAUUGGUAUUCUAG